AUGGGCUUCAGUGUAGAUUACUCAUGCUCUUUGUUUUACAGAACUCAAAGUGCCUCCAAAAAGACAACAAUUUUUCGUUCAGUCAAUGCCACAUUAGUGACUCUAUCUUUCAUCACCCUUUUGGGUGUUACCAUUAUAAUUAUGUGCUCUCUUCGAAAUUUCUCAACACCCAAUCUCAGUUUCAGGGCAGGGAUCGACUUUCACAGAGCGUCAAUAAGAGGGAGAAUACAUUCACGGAAAGAGAACUACAAAGAAGAGAGCUUCUCUGGUAAAUGGGUGUAUGACCAAACAUAUCCCCUCUAUAAUGCAUCUAAUUGUCCCUUUGUAGAACCGGACCUUAGCUGUGAAACAAAUGGGAGACCCGAUAGAGCUUACACCCAUCUUAAAUGGCAGCCAAAUGAAUAUUCUCUUCCAGUAUUCAAUGCAAGCAAAACACUUUCAAAGUUGGAGAAUAUGCGGGUGGCAUUUGUUGGAGAUUCAAUGGGAAGGACACAGUGGGAAUCUCUGGUGUGUAUGCUCAUGGAAGGUGUCACUGAUAAGCAAUCUGUAAAGAAAUUAAAGCAAGAUGGGAAUAUAAAGCGGAUAAGUUAUCUGGGCGCAUUCUUUAGUAAUUUUAAUCUUACAAUUGAGUACUACAGAGCACCAUUCUUGGUAGAAAAGGGUACACCUUUAAAGGGAGUUUCAGACAGAAUCAAAGCCGCGGUCAGAUUGGAUAGGCUUGUUUCAUCUAAAUUCAAAUGGCAAGAUGCCCAAGUACUUGUCUUCAAUUCCGCACACUGGUGGACUCCCAAGAAGAUUUUUGAUAAAGACUCCUACUUUGAGAUCUCUGGCAAUAUUAAUAUCUCAAUGAACAUUGAGGAUGCUUAUGAAUUGGCAUUGAAGACCUGGGCAACCUGGAUUAAGCAGAACGUGAACCCGAUGAAAACCAGAGUUUUUUUCAGGACUUAUGAGCCUGCUCAUUGGAGUAAUGAUAUUUCUCCCAGGUCAUGUUCUUUACAUACGAAUCCCAUAUACCCUGUAUCAGAUUUGGAAGGUCAGUUUGGAAAAUUGAGCAACAUUCUGGAAAAAGUGGUGCAUGAAAUGAAGUAUAAUGUAACAGUGCUGAAUAUAACUAUGUCUUCGGGCUAUAGAGUAGAUGCACAUGUAGGAAGUUGGAGCACCUCCCCAUCUAUUCUAGAUUGUAGUCACUGGUGUCUUCCGGGCGUGCCUGAUACUUGGAAUGAGCUCCUCUUCAAGUUAUUAAACUUGCAGCAAUUAAAAACCUCCCUUCUCACAGCUCAUAGUGUUCUGGGAAAAUAA